GGGAAGGCGCGCAGACGCAACGCUCAGUGUGUCGGCGCGCGCCGCCGCCGACAUGGGCAACCAGCACUCCACCUCGCACGCCGGCCUAAAGCCCAAGAAGAACGUGCACUGGAAGUCCGCAGGGCGACCGGCCGUGCCGGGCAAACCAGAUGUGAUUCCAAUACCAUCUGCUGAAGAGCCCAAUGCUAUAACGCUGCGAUGGCCGCCAUCCGUACAUGAUGGAGGUGCGCCGUUACGUGGCUAUCAGGUGGAAUGCAAUCGACUGGGAUCAACUGAAUGGGUCCGUACCUCUCCUCCCAUCGUCCUCCGCCCAGAGCUCGUCUUAUCCGGACUAGAACCUCCUCAUCGAUACCAGUUUCGCGUGGCUGCAUUAAAUGCGGUCGGACGCUCAGACUACAGCGAACUAUCGGAUGUACUCACUGUUAGUUCUGAUCGAAUACAGAACGAACCCCCUUUAUUCCUUCAGCACCUGGACGAUGUCAUAGCUCUAGAAAAUGACAAAACAGAAUUCCGAGUAUCAUUCUCCGGUAUACCCAUUCCAACGAUAGCGUGGUUUAAAGACGAUUAUGAGAUAUUUAGUAGUAGAAGAACCGCGAUAUCGACCACCGAAUCAACAAGCGUACUUAUUUUUCAUCAAACUCUUCCUAGCGACGAAGGUGAAAUAAAAUGUACAGCUACAAAUCGUUUAGGACAUGCAAUAACCAAGUCUCAUCUAACCUUAGAAGCUGCACCCAAAUUGCGAUAUCCUCGACAAUACGAAGAUGGACUACUUUACGAAGUCAAUGAAACUGUUUACCUUAAAACGACAAUUGUUGGUAAACCCAUCCCUAGUAUAGAAUGGAGACACGACGGUCAACCUAUUGUCCCCGAUAGCCGGGUAGAGAUAACAAACACGCCGAAAUUUUCUAUGUUAAAAAUUCAUUCUGCAAAAAGAACAGACAGGGGAGAAUAUCAAGUUCAUGCAAAGAAUAAUAUUGGUGAAGAUACGGCUGCUUUCCUUGUUACCAUUACUGCUCCACCCGAUCCUCCCCAACGAGUAACUGUAACUCGACAAGUUGACAAGUCAGUUACAUUGGAUUGGGAGCCACCAGAAGAUGAUGGCGGCUGCCGAAUUGGAAACUAUAUAGUAGAAUACUAUAGGACAGGCUGGAAUGUUUGGUUAAAAGCGACAACCAGUCGAAAAACAAAUGUCACAUUAUUUGAUUUGAUAGAAGGCAGUGAAUAUAGAUUUCGUGUGAAAGCGGAAAGUCCGUACGGCAUGAGCGUUCCUAGUACAGAAUCCGCGCCAAUUCGAAUUCCGGGAAAACCAGUUGAUAUGGAAUUUUUAGCUGUAGAAUCCAAAAUCAUUAACGAAGUGCUAACUCGUGAGAAUGGGGAGGAACCUCCAGUGUCACCUACUCCAAGGCGAAAGCGUGCAUACGCUCGUUCAACUUCCCCAUUAAGCACAUCAACCCCCAAGACAGAAGGUAACACACAGGCUGGAGCGUCGCCAGUGCCACGGCGUCGACCACGCGAUGCUUCCGAAAGCAAUGAAUUUAUGCUCGUCCUGUAUCCUAAUACAGAUAAAUCAGCGGAAAAAGCUGAAAAACGAAAAUCUUUCCAACUCGACUUAGAAGAUGCAUUAUCACCUCCACCAAUAUCUUUAUCUGCUCCUGAAUUAAGCUCACGCUGCGUAAUGCCAUUUAAAUCUCUUCGUAAUGCAGUAAGCUCCACCGAACUUUUACAUGAGCAAGCUAUGGCCCGGUUCUAUAAAGCAGUAGCUAUGAAAGAGGAACAAAAUAAACAAAAAGACAGCAAAAUAAAAGAUAUUAAUACAACAACUCCGGAUUUAAACAAUAGCUAUGCAUAUGAACCACCAACAAAACCAAGCAAAGAAGUUAACCUGAAGAAGCCUGAAAUAUUUAUCAAGACAGAUUCAAUAGAAAAUAGGCAUUAUAAAUACAGUUCUGAGGAGCGUCAAAACUCGGAGGAAAUAGAUGGAAAAUGGCAACAAAUGUCAUUUGAUGAAGAUUACACGGCUAGUACUGUUUCAACGGGGGAAGAAUAUUCAGACGAAGAUGCUGAAAGUUUAAUCGAAGAUGUUGACAGACAAAGCCAGUACUCAAAUGAUGAAGUGACUUAUAAUCCGAGAGAUAAAAUAGCCCACCAGCUUCCAAAUGAACAGACCGAAGAUACAUCAGAAAUUGUAGAAGAAAAUAUAGAAAAGGAGUACGUUAAACCAUUACCAAUUCCGGAUCCUAAUUUUGUACCAAAACCAAUACUAAAACGCCGAGAAGCAGAUAAUGUUAAUCAACUCGAAAAGACUAUGACUAAGGUCGAAAAUAAAGUUCUGAAAAAUAAUAAGAAAGAGGAAAAAAUGACGCUUUUAAAAAAAAUUACUAAGAUGCCAGUACAAAAGCCAUUUGGUUUCCCAAAAAUACUUAAUAAAAAGGAACCUGUUAAAAACAAAGAUAAAGAAAAAAAAGAUGAAGCUAUUCCUAAAGAGCAACCUAAGAAAACAGAAAAAGUGGAUGACAAAUUAGACGACGGAGGAAGAACAGUUAUAGAUUAUUAUGGAAAUAUUGUCAAAGAAUAUGGAAGUCACAAACGAUUACAGACUCCUAUUUAUCUUAAUACUGAAGAUUUAAAGCUUGAAGCAGAAAAACAGCAAAAAGGUCAUGAUAAUGAAGAGAAUGAUGCAAUUAAAUCUAAAUCGGUCAAUGAAAAUAGACUUGAAAACAAAACUAUAAGAGACAAAAUUAAGAAAAAACGUAUCGCUCAAAAACCCACACAAAAUGUAAAAACUUUGCCAGAUAAAUCAGUCAAAAACGUAUUAUUACAUUCUACUAAAACUAAACAACAAAAUUUUGUUUCACUGCAAAAUUAUGAAGACAAUGAAAACUUAAAGAACAUAGAAAACGCUAAAGUGGUUUUAAAAAAAACUGAACGAGCUACCAUCGUUAUCCCUAUAGACUAUCAAAAAUUAGAGCAAAAGGCAAAGAAAAAUGUUAGGUCAGCCAUUGAUUAUACUGUUGACAUAUGUUUAUUAUUACUUGCAUUCUGGCUUUAUUUUUUCAAAGAUGAACGAUUGGCAAUUCCUUUUCUCAUUUUAAUUAUAUACCGACAGCUUCAAGAAACUAUAUUUUUAAAUAUUCCUCGAUUAAUUAGUCGAUAUUGUCCAAACUGGCUCAAGAAAAAGACGUCUUGACCU